GGCGGCAGAUUUUAUCGGAGUACAGCAUGUAGCUAAUGCCAACUUUAUGACAAGUGUGUGUCAAAAUGAUAGGUUUUUGAUGUUAGGUUGAGUUAAAACUUAUUCAAAAUUUCAGGCUAUGGUUAAAAAUGAGUGGUCAAAACGGGACGGUAGUCAACACCAAUCCCGCAGACGAAACAGGUGAAAGCGAAAGUGAAUUGGGAAAACAACCGUUUUCAUCAACCGAAAACGAACAGGCCUUCAGAGGUCCAAAAUUUUCUCCACCUGUUUACCGUCGUCGAUAUGCUGCUGUUUGUGAGCUAGCAAAGGAACAUCAAGCAAGAAAGGUAAUGUCCAAGUUUGGUAAAAAAAACUGCUAACUUAUCAGCUAGGAUCAGCUAGGAGAAAGAAAGUCAGUCCUUGGACUGCGGACUACGGAUUACGGAGCAGAGACCGGGUAUAAAAUUAAUGCAAGGUCACGUAGAAUUAAAAAUGACCAACGUUGGAGAAGAGAUUGCAUGACAAGUCAAAGGAAUUUUUUUUGUGUAUUAGGCCAGGACUAUUGUUUUAUGCUAGUUUGCAAUCUCUCGCCUUUAAUCCACAGUUCACAGCUGUAGGCUAUAUUUUAUACUGUCUGGUGUAGUUGUGAUUUCAGGGGUAUGGAAAUCGGGUUCUAUUGGGGUAUCUAUUUUAGAAACAUUUUCUAGGAAAGGGUACAACAUGGACAAAAGCUUCACAACCUUAGCAGUCGGCAAAAUAAGUUUUAAAACAGGGUUUAAAAACUAGACACAAUUUAUCUCUUGCAUGAGAUAUCAAUAUAUUUCAGUAUGAAUUCCUUCAAAAAUCAUGGUCGAAAUUUGGAGCUCUGCGCAGCACACACCCACUCAGCUGAGAACCUUUCUGUGAUACCACAGGAACAUGUAUCAAAAGCGUUAAGAGUUUGUAGAUAUUUGGUAAAAGGAAAUCUGGUUUCUUCUUUUGUGUGGCAUUAAGAACCAGAUAUAGGGAAUUAAAGGAAAAGGAUUUUUAGCAUUUAAAAGCAUGAGAUGUGAGCUAAGCUAAGCUUUUUUUUUUUUUAAUAACUGUUUUGUUAAAAAUGUUCCUCUAUUUACUAUUUUUUCUAGACCUGGUUGACUUUUUAAGGUAUAAUAAAAUUAUCAUUAUUAAUAAUAUUCUUAUCUUAGGUCCUUGAUUUUGGGUGUGCUGAAGCAAAACUUGUAAAGGCUUUAAUAAAUCAGGAGUCAUUAACUCAUUUGGAAGAAGUGGUUGGUAUAGAUAUCAACAGAGAUCUUCUUGAGGAGAAUAAAUUUCGCAUUAAGCCUUUCCUAGGGGAUUACCUGAGACCUCGUACUCAUCCAUUUAAAGUUUCUCUGUAUCAGGGUAAGUAUAGUCAAGUCAAUUUAUAGCUCCUUUUAAAAUCCAUAUGUCAUUAACAUUUUAGCAAGCAAGCAGUGUAUGGCCUUCAACAAGCAGACAACCAUUUUCCAUUGUCUGUACUCUCAGAUACAGGCCCAGGGUGGAUACUCCCGCAAAUUUUGGAUAGGGGUGUGUCGCAAAGGUUCGUGAACCCUAACCCUAUUUAAGGACUAAAAAAGCGAAAACUGAUACCCUUUUUAAGGCCGAAAGCCGAAAAAUGACAUCCUAUCCAAGGAAAAAACAACAUUAUUAAUAGCAUGAAAAGGAAAACUUUAUUUCUUCUCUGAAAUAAGCCUAGUUUAAAAAAAAAAGGUUUGUUUAGGCAGGCGUUUUCACACUCCAGUAUUAGAUAAUACAAUUAAGCUACCCUAUCUAAGGACCACACCAGGGACACAGAAACAAAAGGGUAAAAAAAGAUACCCUAUUUAAGGACCGAGAACCUCAAAAACCAUACCCUCCCCCCCCCCCCCCCCCCCCCCCCCCCCCCGGGGAUACAGGGUUUAAUAAACAGGGGCAACCUCGUUUCCAGGUUCUCUCUCCUAUGGGAAUGAGAUUGAUACAGGGGAAAUUUCAUGUUAGAGAGAUUAAAACAGAUUGGCCCAUUAUUAUGUCAUUUCCUUGGUCUAUUGUGUACUCCCAGAGAACAUUGCUCUUUUACCAAUGAGCUGGUGCGAAAUCACUCAGUUACAUUAUGUGAAGGUUAUUUAGAUUUUGUUUUGAUAUAAACAUUUGAUUUGUUAUUUAGCACUUUUGGCUAUGUUGCCAUGUCAUUUGUAAAGAUCAUGAAUUUUUUCGUUGAAACCGCCUGACACUGUUUUGAACCAUUUUCAUCAUGGAAUCUUUAUCAAGUGAUUGAAUUGGAUGCAAAGAUUAAUGUUUAUUAUAAUGACUAGGCCUGGACCCUAACUGCUUUUGACGAUAUAAUUGGGGUUAACCUACCCUGCUAGCAGAGUCGCUUCGAUCUUUCCUAGAUAAAGCUAGGAAGAUCGAAGGAGACUCUGUUCGCAGGGUAGGGUUAAGUGCACAAAUUAAUAAAUACCAACUGUCGUUGUUAUUGUUGCUAAAUAUAUAGGAACAAAGUAAUUAUUGACUUAUUAAUAUGGCAUGUUUUUUUAGGUUCUAUAGGUGAGGUGGAUGGAAGAUUUGUUGACUUUGACUUAAUUGCUUGUGUUGAACUGUAAGUUGCCAUAUAUAGAGUAUUUUCUGUGUUCAGACAAGGCUAAUAAUUGGCAAUGAUUUAAUUUGUGAAUGAAUCAAAAUCAAUCUGUCCUCACACAGGGUCAGGUAGACAAAUUCUGGAUCAGAUCAUCCCCUUUAACCCCAUCCCUAUAACCUACUGUGUCUUUCCGUGAGUUACAGUACUUUGCUCAAUCCAGGUUUUGUUGACACCAAUCUAAGUGUUGAGUGAAUUUAAUAUUGCAUUGGCCUGGACAAAAAAUCAUAGGCUGGAAUUGUAUGGUUUGUGCAUGUAGCAUUCUGUUAUAAGCAGUUUUAACUGUCAUUUGAAUUUUCUGACCUAUUUGCCUCCUAACAGGAUAGAGCACCUUGAACCUGAUAUUCUUAGUUCAAUGCCAGAGGUUGUGUUUGGCCACUUGUCACCCAAGGUUGUUAUAGUGACUACACCCAACGUGGAGUUCAAUGUAUUGUUCCCCGGUCUCAAAGGAUUCCGACAUUAUGAUCACAAGUUUGAAUGGACAAGAGCUGAAUUUGAGGAAUGGUUAGUUCCUGGUCUUGUGCAUGUGAAUACUGGUAAUUUUAAGGGCUAAUCGUUCAAGUAUGAGCAUUAAAAGCUGAAUGUAGAUAUUGGACUGCCAUUUUUAAUUUAUAAUAGUACAUUCACUAUUAGCCUUCUUCUACUAUUUGUCUAAUGAAUUUGACCUGUUUUAGGUUACUUGGUAGCUACAAUAUAUACUCCUCACUAUUUUGUUGAAACACCUGUCAUGUUACUUCCUUCCCAAUGUUGAUUCAUGUAUAACCUAUUUGCAAACAUAUGCAAAUCUCAACAUUGGGGUAGGAGAGAAGAAGACAUAGUACACUCGGGGAAAAAUAAAAUAAGUUGGUUGACUAGGUGUGGCACGAACAAACCUCUGUUUCAGUCUGAUGUUUUAACAAAUUUGAUGAGUUAUGUAGCAUUGAAGAGGUACAUUACAAGGGGAGGGUGUUCUUAUAACCUCCAUCAACAACUGAUUUUAUGUAUAAGGUAUUGCACUCAAACAACAUUAUAUUUAUUUAAUACUAAUCUCGCUGUUUUGGAGAGUGGGAGACUGCUAAAAAUGCCUUGUAAUAAAUAAAAACUGUUUGGACUUUGUAGGUGCAGUUCCCAGGCCAGCCAGUACAACUAUACUGUGAGUUUUGACGGCAUUGCACCUGGACCACAGGGUACAGAACAUUUAGGGUGUUGCUCACAGGUUGCAGUGUUUAAGAGGAUUUCAUCAUCCGUUUCUCCAGAAAAGUUAUUGCAAACUUGCCAGCCUUAUAAUCUGGUACUUCAUAUUUUUAUUCGCCUUGAGUUCUAUAUUUAUUUUUUAUAUUGUUACUGCAUGGUUGUAUUUAUUGCAAUUUAAUCAUCAUUAUGGAGUACUGAGUGAUUUCUUAAUUUGUGUGUGGUAUGACACUAAAUUUUUAACUGCUCUGUGUUCAUCUACCUUGCUAACAGAGGAUUCUUUUUGUCAUGGUUUUUAGCCUUUAUAAGGUGACAUUCAGCACUAAAGACUUUGAGAAUGCUAAAAACCAUGCCAGAAAAAAGCUUGUGCUAGCGGUAGUGUUUAUCAAAAGAAAAGUAUUUUCUUCCCUUCUGUGGAGGAUAUAAUUUAUUGAAACUUGAGACAUCGACCACAGGAAUAUUUUUUGACUUGUACAUCAUGACUUUGUGUACAAUUUUCCAGUUAUCACAAAUUUUCAUCUCAAUAGGUUGCAGAGGUUGAGUUCCCAUUUAAAAGGGACACAAGAACAGAGAAAGAAAAGAUUUUACAUGAGGUGGAAUAUGUGUUGUGGGUAUUAUCUUCUAAGGAGGAGGAGGAGGAGGAGGAGGGUAGUGAUGAGUCAAGACCCAGCGAUGAGGAUGUAAUUGAGCUGGUUUCUAAUGAUGAAGGUAAUAAUGAACUGACAUCCAGCAAUGAUGAUGAUGAUAAGCCAACACCCAGCGAUGAGGAUGUAAUUGAGCUGGUUUCUAAUGAUAAGGGUAAUAAUGAACUAACAUCCAGCAAUGAUGAUGAUGAUAAGCCAACACCCAGCGAUGAGGAUGUAAUUGAGCUGACUUCUAAUGAUGAAGGUAACAAUGAACUGACAUCCAGCAAUGAUGGUGAUGAUAAGCCAACAAUCAGUGAUGAUGGAGUAAUUAAGAUGACUCCCAACGACGAACAUAAUAACAAACUGACACCCAAUAAUGAUGGUAAUGAUGAACGAACAGCAUAUUGUGGUGGUGUAAUUGAAUGGACUCUUAAUGAUGAAGAUAAUAAUGAACUGACACCCAGCAACAGUGGUGAUGAUCAACAAACACCCAGUGAACAUAAUGAUAAUGAACUUUCAUCAAGCAGUAGUCACAGUGAUAAGCAGUCACCAAAAGAUAAUGAUGUAAUGGCAGAGGAACUUCAAGGUUUCAAUGAUUAUUCAAAGAGCAUAGAUGGUGUUGAAGAACGAAUAUACUCACUUGAGAAACUGCUAGCCUUUCCAUCACUUCAUAAGUUGUGUGGUGACGACAUUCAGAAGCUCAAGUAG